AUGACAAGUUGCUGUCUUCAUGCAGGGAUUAGUAAUAUCUACUUGGCUGUGCAAAUGGCAGAACCAUCAAAGGGGAAAUCAUCCUCUGCUGAUCAAAAGAAAAAGAAAAGUUCAUUUCUAGGUAGUGUAUUGGAUUCCCUUAUCUUUACCAAACUAUAUGAGUCAAUUGAUGCUACAAAUGAGGAAAUUGAUGACGAUUUUCUCAGCUCCUGGAAAUCAACGUCAGUAAUGAAAGAUGACGGGAUGGAUUUCAGCUUCAAUACAGGAGCCAUAAGCAAGAAAAAAGUGUUUGACUUUGAUAAGCUGGAUAUGGAUUUCAAUCUAGAUGGUGACUUCAACAAGAUAUCAUCUUUCAAAAUGGACAUGUCUGAUUUUGACUUCUCAAGCCCUCCCAAAAAAGAUGCAAAAACCAAGGAAGUUGACAUGUCUGACCUCGAUUUAUCAAGCCCUCCCAAAAAAGCUGCAAAAACCAAGGCAGUUGACAUGUCAGACCUUGAUUUAUCAAGCCCUCCCAAAAAAGCUGCAAAAACCAAGGAAAGAUCUGAAGAAGAACCUUCCAGAGGAAGCCGUCAAGGGAAACAAGACCAUUUUAAAUUCUCUUUUGAUUUCAAUGAAUUAGAUAGUUUUGAUCUCGAUUCAACUUUGUCGAGAAGAGAAAAGAGUUCUAAGAACGAAGAUGGCAUCAAAGAGGUUAUCUCUGAUGGAGCUGGGCGUGAAGGCUCUGAAGUUGAUCUAGCUGAAGGAAUUAGUACACUUGAUGGUGAAUCUGAGACAGUGGCCACAUCAAAGAUUGAUCCUGUGUUAGUUGAUCAAGGGAAUACUAUUUCUAUGAAGGAUUGUGCAUCAAAGACUGAGAGCUCUGGAAAUUUUGAAUUGCCACCUGAUCCAAGAUGUCAAGAAAAUAUAACGUAUAACAGCAAAGAAGUAUCAAAUCAAGAAAGUCACUUACCUGAGAAGGUGGUGUCCAUAGAACCAUAUGCUGAACAGACAAUACAUGAUUUGCCUACUGAACUUGUUAGUGGAGUUGAUUCUAAUGCGGAUGCUGGUGUAGACAGAACGAAUGGUGGCUGUCCUCAGAUAAAAAAAGUAAAUACAAUUUCAGGUGGAAAAGAGGCUGCUAAUGACAAAAUGUUGGUAGAAGAUGGUGCUAAUAAUGAAGAGUUGCCUUUUAAAAGAUCAUCUCCAUUAGAUAUUGGUAGGCUGGGGAGCAGUAAUGGUGAUAGGAGCAUGUCAGACUGUGAUACUUUGAUAGGAAAUGCUGAACCAGCUAAAGGUGAUUUAGAUAAUGGAGAGACUUUGGCUACAGUGGUCUCCAGGAAGACACCACAUGACAUCAACAGUAUCAAGGGAACUGAAAAUUCAAACUUAAAGCUUCCUUUGUCCACACAGGCUAGUAAAUCCACAGUUGAAAAAGUUGCGUUGAGAAAGGAAAGUGGAGCUGGAGCAUUCUGCUCGAAGAUUUCUAAGAGAUUGGAAGACACUGGACCUCACUUGCGUCAGUCGUCAUUAAUAGGAGCAAACUCUCUCUCGUCUGGAAACAACAAAGUUGGUUCCAUGUAUCUAAGCCCUGCAAUUGAGAAAAGGGUGACUGUUAAUGCUAAUGAUGCACAACAUGGAAGCAAAUUGCUCACUACCCGGGUGUUAGUCGAUAAGGAAACAAAAGUCAGACCUGCCAUACCUGGAAGGGAGAGCUCUGAUUCUGAUGGUAAAGCAAACGAGACCAAACUAGUUGGGGAUCCGCAGCAGUGUGACAAAGAAGUAACAGAAACGGAACCUUUUGUAGGAAGUGAGCAGAGACAAAAUAUUAAAGAUCUCAGGAUUCAAGUGAGUUCUUCCAGCUCAACUGAUAAGACAAGGAUCAUGCUCCCAAGUGUGGAGCCAUUAAGGAACUCCAAGAUCAUUACUGCUGAAGUGAAGAAACAUUGUCCUGACAAAACUGCACAGAAGAAAUCCGACAUCUCAUCCUGGAAUAUUGGUGGCAAUAAACAUUCUUUGAUUGCUGCACCUCAAAAAGAAGUUAAAACUCAAAGGAGUUCAGAUCAAAACAAGAAGCCGCAUCACAAUGUGGAAAUGGAAACUAGGCAGAUUGUUGAUGGCAGGGAGAAAAUGCCACAAAUUCUUCCCCUGAAACGAAAAGCAUUUGAGGGAUUGAGUCCAGGUUUAGCAUCCUUGAAGCCUCUAAAACGCCUCUCUCUGUCACCAAGAGAAACCAGAAAUUCCACAGAACCUUCAAAAGGAACUGUUGAACAGGUUUGCCUUCAUGAGAACCAUUCGGAGAUCAAGACUAAGAGCUCAAGCUGUAGACUUGGUAGCAUGGUGAAUGUGAUGGAACUUGAACUUCCUUCAGCAAUGGAAACUGAUGAAAAUGUUGAAAAGGCUGAAGCAUAUACCAAAGAGCUUGAAGAUAUAUGCAAUAUGCUGAAAAAGAAACAUGAGGAAGCCAAAGAACUGCUUGUAAGAGCUGUUGUGAACAACAAUAAUCUACUGAUGCUUAACCAUCCCAUCUAUGAAGCCAAGAUUCAUAAAGUUCAGAAAUUUGCUGCGAAACUGGCAUCCAAGGAGCUUCAAGUAUGUUGAAGAGGACCACCAGCGGGAUCACAUAAAGGUAUCAUGUUUCCUGGUUUCGUCGGGACAAAGCUGUUCUUAUGAA